AUGGAAUCGCUCAGGAAGCUCUACGAGCAAGGUCAAGAGUUUAUCUCUAGCUUACCCGACCCUUCCACUCUUCAGUCCGAUUUGGAGAUGGCUCGGAAUGAGGCCAUCGAGGUCAGACGGGAACAUGACCUCCUAGCAGGGAAGGUAAGGGCUUUUGAAGUUCAUAAUAAGCGGUUAAUAGCCGAUGCUAACGCUACCCCUUCUCAGGCCCGGGAGUAUGUGACCCAGAUCGACCAGCUUCGGUUGGAGCUCAACGAGAUUAAGCCCGAGCUCGAGGCCUUCAAGGGUAAAAUGGAUGGUGUUGCCUCCGAGCGAGAUGCUCUCAAGGAAGACUUGGCAUCGGCUAAGGAUCAGCUUCGUGUGAUGACGGACAAGGCUGAUGAGAGGUCGAAGCUAAUUGCAGAACUCCGAUCGAAACUUGCCUCGGCCGAGUCGGAGCGGGACAAUCUUGGCCGUGAUAACAUCGAUCUGCAGGCCAAAUACAAUGAAGCCUUGGGCCGAAUCUCGAGUUUUAAUGGGAUGUUAGCUCAGUACAAAGCCGAUAUCGAAGAGGCCAAGAGGCUCGAGGCAGAGGCGAAGGCCAAGUAUGAUCCUGAGGGGUCGGACAGUGACCUCGAAUCGGAUGAGGGUGAUGCCGAGGGCUCGGAUGAAGAUCAGGCUUAG